UCAUACUGGUGAUGAUGAUGAUGAUGGAGCUCUGUCUGGACGACAGUGCUCUUCACGAUGCCGUCUGACACCUCCGCUGACAUCAUGCACUUCGUGUUCGCUUGACUCGAGAUGUGACCGUGGAUUCGAGUCAGAAAUGGCUCUGUCGCUCGUAGCUAGCUAGCUGUUAGCUGAGCCCUCAUCCAUCCUGCUACAGAGCUCCACCAGAGCAGCAGCAGCAGCAGCAGCAGGCGGCUAGCGAGCUCAGCUGAUCAGCUGCAGCAGCACUCAGAGCCCGGAGAGAAGAUGAUGAAGAGGCCUUAGACGGCAGAUCUGCGCCGGUGUGUUCGGACAUCAAAUACAGACAUGUCGUCCCAGCUGCAGGCGUUCUCCUCUCCCUCCGUGUCCUCCAGUGCCUACUCUCGCUCAAAGAGGCUCAAAGUGGAGAACCCUUCCUGGGAAGGAUCCAACCAGCUGGGCAAUAAUGGUUACUACCAGCAGAGCCCCUCCCAGGCAGCUGCACCCUCCACUUCCGACUCCAACUUCAACCAGGUGUACAACUCCAACCAGGUGCAGCCGCCCACCGCCGGCUCCAGGGAGCAGACGGUGGUGCGGGCGGCAGACAGCACAGGCAGCCUUCGGGGACCUCCCUCCUCCUCUUCCUCCUCCUCCUCCUCCAGCCGGCGUGUGAAGGAUGCAGAGUCUUCUUCCCACCCGUGCGACCUCUACCACAAGCAGUACAGCCUGAAGAGGAAGAGUGAGGAGGUGGACAGCAGCGACAGCGUCCAGAUCCUGGAGGAGCUUUCUGCUCCCGUUGUCUCAAACCGCACAGCUGGUGGAGGAGGAACCACGACUGCUCAGUCCAUAGCACACUCCACUUCUACAACCAAGAGCAGCAACUCCCACAGCGAGGGAGACUACCAGCUGGUGCAGCAUGAGAUCCUGUGCUCCAUGUCUAACAGCUACGAGGUGCUCGAGUUCCUGGGGCGGGGCACCUUCGGUCAGGUGGCUAAAUGCUGGAAGAGAGGCACCAACGAGAUAGUGGCUAUUAAAAUCCUGAAGAACCAUCCCUCCUAUGCUCGGCAAGGUCAAAUUGAGGUGAGCAUCCUCAGCAGACUGAGCACCGAGAACGCAGAUGAGUUCAACUUUGUGCGCUCCUAUGAGUGUUUCCAGCACAAGAACCACACGUGCCUUGUGUUUGAGAUGCUGGAGCAGAACCUCUACGACUUCCUGAAGCACAGCAAGUUCAGCCCUCUCAUGCUCAAGUGCAUACGGCCCAUCCUGCAGCAGGUCGCCACAGCGCUGAUGAAGCUGAAGAGCCUCGGUCUCAUCCAUGCUGACUUGAAGCCUGAAAACAUCAUGUUAGUGGAUCCCCUGAGGCAGCCGUACAGGGUGAAAGUUAUUGACUUUGGCUCUGCCAGCCACGUGUCCAAAGCUGUUUGUUCAACCUACCUGCAGUCACGCUACUACAGAGCUCCUGAGAUCAUCCUGGGCCUUCCUUUCUGUGAAGCUAUCGACAUGUGGUCUCUGGGAUGUGUUAUUGCUGAGCUCUUCCUGGGAUGGCCUCUUUAUCCUGGUGCCUCAGAGUAUGAUCAGAUUCGUUACAUUUCUCAGACUCAGGGCCUUCCUGCAGAAUACCUGCUGAGCGCAGGAACAAAGACCAGCCGCUUCUUCAACAGAGGCCCCGACUCCAGCUACCCUCUCUGGAGACUCAAAACGCCUGCGGAGCACGAGGCAGAGAUGGGCAUCAAAUCAAAGGAGGCGAGAAAAUACAUCUUUAACUGUCUUGAUGAUAUGAUGCAGGUGAACAUGACAAACCUGGAGGGCACAGACAUCUUAGCAGAGAAGGCUGACAGGCGGGAGUUCAUCGACCUGCUGAAGAAGAUGCUGACGCUUGACGCAGACAAGCGGAUCACGCCGAUGAAGACACUGAAUCACCCGUUUGUUACCAUGACACACCUGCUGCACUUCCCUCACAGCUCACACGUGAAGUCCUGUUUCCAGAACAUGGAUAUAUGUAAACGCAGAUGCAGCGCCUUUGAGAACGGGAAAAAUAUGUUUGCCAGCAACAACACCCCGAGUGCAGCAACCAACCUCACCGUCACCUUCAGCAGCCAACUCAACCAGCACAACCAGAUGGCGUCUACAGGAGGUCAGUCUCUGUCCCUCAGCAGUAACGUCCCUCUGCUGAACUACCAGCCCGGCCUCUACCAGCAGGCCACCAUAAACAUACCAGGCCUGACCCAGCAGGGCGUCCCUCUGCAGACUAGACCCACCCAGCUCUGCACCCAGACUGAGCCCUUCCAGCAAACUCUGAUAGUUUGCCCGCCCACCAUCCAGGGUCUUCAAACCUCCAGUAAGCCGUCUGGUUAUCCAGUCAGAAUGGAUAAUUCAGUGCCCUUAGUUCCUCAGAACCAGUCGUCCCAGUCUCUUCACAUCCAGCCUGGCAUGCUGACACAGGCCUCCCUGGACCCCUUGCUGGUGAGCAGCCUGUACGCCUCUGUGGCAGGGCUGCAGAGCUUAGACUCAGUCCGGCUCCCAGUUGGCUGUAGGGGUGAAAGUCUCAGUGGUUUACUGGAUCAGAAUGUCUCCAUGCUGCAGGGCUGGCCUGCAGGGACACAGCAGAUCCUCAUCCCCUCCACAUGGCAGCAGAUGCCCGGCAUGGCCAUCCAUAACCCGGGGCAGGCUGUGGUGCCCGACUCACCCAUGGGCGCUCCAAUCUCCGACAGCCAGCAAUCUUCAGGCUGGAGGGGUCGUCAUGGAAACCAGUACGAUGCGGUCAGCCAGCAGGACUCUGGGGUCGGGCGUCAUGCUGCCUCACAAAACCACAACUCAGGGGCUGCUCACACAAGAUCCCAGCAGGGCAAGAGGUCAAAGGCUCGACACGCAGAGAGCAGAGCCAGGCCUGUGUCAUCAGUCCACUCAGCCUCCACUGUGGUCCACAACACGUCAGCUUAUGCCGGUGACCAGUCCCAGCCCAUCGUCAUCUCUGACACGCCCAGUCCUGCUGUCAGCAUCAUCACCAUCCACAGCGACUCAGAGGAUGAGGACGACAGGAAGUUCCCUGCAGCCUGCUCUGGAACAAGCCAGAGGCCCAACGUGAUCAGCUGUGUGACUGUACACGACUCUCAUGACUCAGACUCGUCCACCAGCAGCCCCCUGAGCCCAAAGACCACCUCACAGCCCACAAAGUCUCUGGCUGUCAUCAUGCCCUCUGUGAAGAGCCAGCCGGGAGAGAGCACAACACAUAAAGCCCCAGCAGCUCCAGAUCAACCACCAAGCAGCUCUGGGAAGUCUAAGAAAGGGUCAGCUCAGCAGUCAAGCCGGUCAGGAGAAACAAACACUGAUCGCCAUCAGCGUGCUGCAUCCAGCAGGUCUCAGCCUCUGAACCUCAGUCAGGUCCAGCAGUCUGUGAUGUCAUCAUCCCACGACCAAACAGGAAGCAGUACUUCUCUGAGGCGUCAGCCCACAUACCCUCCUCCUGUCUCCUCACACACAUCCUAUCGACUUCACGAGAACCCUCUCUUCAGCUCUACCCCGAACCUGUACGCCUACCCGGCAUCAGCAGCCCUGGCCUCCGUUUCACAGGCUGUGGAUCAGAUGCAGGGCGGGUCGUCCCGUCACGGCAGGGGAGGCAGCACUUACUCCUCACUGGCUCUGCUGCAGAAGAACAGCGGCCUGGCCCUCGGAGGGUCUGCUGCGGGACAGUAUGGCAACCACCACCACCAACAACAACAGCAGCCGCUGGGAGGACCGCCUUUCCACCACUCCAGUGCUUCUUACCAGAGGAAACUGAACCAGUACCCAUACCUGUGAAAGACUCAGCUGAGGCUCUGAAUGAAGACCAAAUGGAGACCGACACUAGAGAGGAGCACAAGCUCACUACGACUGACUGUGAUCAGACUUCAUUUCCUUAACCUUUCCUUCCUGUUUGAUUCUUAUUCCUCUGGUUACUCAGAAUGUAUUUUAUUCGUGAUCAGUUUUUAAUUUAUUCAGAAUUUGGAUUUGAAUUACAACAAGUUAAAAGCAAAACAGUGCGGUUUGGAGGUAUCCAGUUACAUAUUUUUUCCACUGUGUUUGACAAAUUGUUAAAUGUUGAAAAGACAUGAGUGAAAAGUUAAAAAAGGACGUUUGCAUUCAUAAAAGGUCAAAUUUGUGGAGACUGCACGUCUUAAUUUCCAUAAUCCCUAAAUUUAUGACCAAAAACAAGAAAUAGUCUGAUGACUUGCAGACUACAUUGUUACAUUUAAUUUUUAACAUGUUCAGCCCUAAAUUUUAUCUUUUUUUGAAAAGUAUUGAGGAGGAACUGGAACUUGCUGCUCUUUAUGAUAAGUAUUAUUACCAUUACUAUUAUUUGUAUCACACUCAUUGUUUUAAAGUUGCAUUUACAUCUUCACAAUCGCCUUACCUAUUUGUAGUAAUAACGUCUUUUAUUUAAACCUUUAAUAUGUAAGGAUGUUGUGAUAAUAUCAAUUAUGUUGUGUUUAAUUUGAAUGUGCCGUGUGCGUGUUUUACCUGUAUUAUGGAAAAAAUGAAGGUAAGCUAUGUACUGUAUAAUGACGUGUCACUGUGUCCUUCAGAUGUUUUCCAUGUAGAUUAUUUUUUAUUUCUUGGAUUACAGUAUUUAUAUGUUCAGUAUGUUGAAGAUUAGGGUGUUGUAUUUAGAGGGGAUCGCCCUGUUUUUUACACUUUUCACAGUUGUACUUAAGGUUGCUUGUGUCUGACAUGAAGUAGCAUUCAGGACAGGUUGGUAAACUCUGGCUUCGCUGACUUUUUUAGUGUCGCUUGCAGAAAUAACGUUAAGAUAAUUUGAAAGACAGACACAUAAAUUGAUUUUGGGAAAAUAAGCUCUUGUCUUGUGAAGUGAUGUUUGUGAAGUAAAGCGUGCACAUAAAAUCUGAUUGGAUUAAAGUAUCAUUUAAAGUCAGAGCCAUUUAGGUUGCAAUUCACAGUAAUGUGUUUUGAUUUGUGGAUAAUCAAACCUGAUUUAUAAAAUAUAAAUUGAUGUUCAGUAUGUAACCGCUUCUAAAAUUAUUGGUUUGGUGAAAUGAUGGGUGUUUUUACAAUCCUGCUGUGUUGUGAAGUGCUACAUUAACUAGGACACACAAUGAACCUUAACCCCUAUACGCAAU